CUACGAAAGCUCUUGCUCUGUUGUCAGCCCUUAAAAAGCGGAGACUGAGUUGCGGGGGUCUCUCUCUCUGUCUCGGAAGGACCCCCCAGCUCUUCCAGGCGACCUACGUCAGAGGGAAGCGAGGAGGCCUGCCUACUGUAUUGUGCAUUGGAAAGGCUGCUGUGCCAGAAAAAUGAAUGUGGGCACAGCUCACAGCGAAGUGAACCCAAAUACCCGAGUCAUGAACAGCCGCGGCAUCUGGCUCUCCUACAUCUUGGGAAUUGGCCUCCUGCACGUGAUUUUGCUCAGCAUUCCUUUCCUCAGUGUCCCUGUUGUCUGGACUCUAACUAACCUCAUUCACAACAUGUGUAUGUACAUCUUCCUACACACUGUGAAAGGAACGCCGUUUGAGACUCCUGAUCAGGGGAAGGCCCGGCUGCUAACUCACUGGGAACAGAUGGACUAUGGAGUACAGUUCACAGCUUCUCGCAAGUUCUUGACUAUCACACCAAUUAUACUUUAUUUUCUUACCAGUUUCUACACAAAAUAUGACACGAUACAUUUCAUCAUCAACACCAUCUCUUUGAUGAGCGUCUUGAUCCCCAAGUUGCCUCAGCUGCAUGGUGUCCGUAUCUUUGGAAUCAACAAGUACUGAGUUUGUGGGGAGUCUUUUCUCUCCCUUCCCCCUUUUUCUGGUGAACUGUGAUAUACCAGAGUGAGAACCCCACUUUCUUUGCUCUGGCUGCAUCUUCAGGUUAGGAUUGCAGCAGAGUUUUUUUUUUCUCAAUGGGUACCAGCUCUGGGCUUGCAAAGAGACAAGAGGAAGCUGAAACAUAUGAUAAUUAAUCUUGUUAGUGUUUCUUCUCAAUAAUCUGAAAAUAGCAGGCACACACUGCUAUGUAAAAGGUACUCAUCAUUUGUUCUCUGGUAGGAAAGGAUUCUGGUUCAGAAGGAUAAUAAAAGCAUCAUUCGAGGUGAGAUUGAUUUAAGAUGAUAGCAAAUGCACUUUAACAUCAAACUGUCCCAUUGGGGGAGUUUGAAUUGCUCAUUGAAAGGGCUAGGUCAGAAAUAUUAAGCUACAGCCUAUGAAAAGAAUAGUCAGUUUUCUCUCGAUUGUUUAUAAAUACCUUUAAUGAAGUAGAGGCAGGAUUAGGGUGUUAGAAGAGAAGAAGGAAGCAGAGGAAAUACUUGCCACUGGUUUUGCAGUGGGCACUGCGGUUUGAAGCCCAGCUUCCCCACUGGUCUCCUGGCCAGAGAAUUAUUGGGUGAAUGACCAGCCACUUGGAGUACAAAUGACUUACUGUGAAGUUACAUGAGAGUGGAGGUGAAGAAGACAAGGAAUGUGGCUAAACAAACAAACAAAAAAUCAGCCUCAUUUCCAAUAUCUUUCUCUUUGUCAGAAAUCCAACAGUAGUAGUUAGAUUAUUAAGAUCUAUUGUUGAUUACUACUUAUUUAUGACAGUGCUGAAACUCAGAAGCUAGUGCCUCUCAUUACUCAUUGUGAUGUCUAGCAAAGGUGAUGGGUUUGUUUUCUUUGUACCUACCAUCCAUAUGGUGGAACAGAUUUUGCAUAAAUAUAUCAUUAUGUUAAAAUAAAAAUGAUCUUGUGUCUAGCAGCAAUGGCGCAUCUAGCAUGAUAUAGUCUUUACGUUUAAGGACUGCUUGCUGUUACUAUAAGAAAGGAAAAUGGGUUUUUAUUUGGUUAACAUUGUUGUUAACCUAUCUUUUCUUCAAAAAGCUACAAAAGGAAAAGGUCCAUUUAAUAACACAAAUUUCCUCAAACUUCCUACUUUCCAGAUAUAUUUCAUGUCCAUUAUGCUAGUUGGAGUGCUACAUGAGUUGAAUCUUCACCUAUUUAGAGGGCAUAAUUUUGGGAAAAGACACUGCUACCUGGGUGUUUUCCUUCUGCAGGCAUAAGGAAAAGAAAGAAAACACAACACUAGAAGCUUAAUACAUUAAGAUAUGAGACAUCAACUUUAUUUUUUAAAAAACCCUCAGGCUGCACUUGGGCAUUGAAAAUAUUUUAGAGGAUGAAUUUUGAUUAUCAAUAUCUUGGAUAUAUGAAGUUGCUUCUUAUCGUUAAGCAUUCAUCCUGUUAAGAGAAUUAUAAUUUAAUGACCCCCCCACUCCCCUCCAGAUGUGCAUAUAGUUAGUUAGGAGAGGAGACUGCAGUGAAAAUUAACAUGUCUGGAAUGUUUUUUGACAUUAUUUAUUCAAAUUCCUAAAGAUUGGAGCCUGACAACAGCUUCUAUUGUUUUGCUGACUAGCAUACACGUGGAUGCUAGUGGAGCUAAAUAUAAAAAUAAGCAGCAAAUACUUUUUUCAACUGGGUAAUUAAGCUCUUUUAACAAUUCUCAGGAAAUAGCAGCAUAUCUGAAGCAUUUCUUCUGCUUCCAGAGAAUCUAAGUAAAAUAAGUAUUUCUUGUUAACAAAUAUUAAUGUUAAAAUAUUUUGUAAUGAAACAUAUUCCAGAACAUCAAAGGACACCUAAAUGAUAAAGUGGGAAUUAUAUGUACCAUAAUGUAUGAAGCUUCAAAAAUUAUUCUACAUGGAGCUAAAAGAGAAAAAACCGUAAGUUAAGAAUGUGAAAAGACAGUGAACACUUUGGGGUUUUCAUUUUCCUAUUUAUAAUGACAAUAUUUAUAUUAAAGUUGAAGCACUUAGUGCUUGCACCAAUAAGCUAAUCUAAAAUUGAGCCAUAACCCAAUCUAACUGUAUAUCCUUAAGCUUCCUCUCCAGAUAUUAGACCAAUUUUCAAAUACUAAAAGGAAGAUAAUUUCUUCUUGUUUGAUUAAAUGUAAAAAAAAAGUAUGCGUUACAUGGAAAAUUCCUAAUUCUCAAACCUGAUCACAAUGAUCUGGUCCUGGAUAAAGCUGCUCAAAGCCAACCACAGGCUCUGGCAGUCACUUGUCUAGUUAUUAGAGUAGGGAUUGGCAACUUCCUCCAACCCUUGGGGCUAUCAUGCAAGAUGACAUGACAGCUCAAAUGCGCUUCUCAAGUCACAUGAACUAUAGCAGGAUUUCAAGAUUUUGGAGGCUUUUGGGAGGAGAGGAGGGACUCUCUUAGAAUUUCACAGGUACUUUAUUGCUGAUGGUUAAUAAAAUAUAACAAUAUUACCACCGAUACUGACAAUUAUAAAGUGCAAGCACCUAAUGUUAUUCAUUAUGGAAUCAGCUUUAGAGUUAGACGGAAUGUUUCAGUUGUGGCAGGUCCAGCUCAGGAUUUAUUAUCUAAAUGAGUCUUUUUUGAACCCUCAUUUUGGCUAAAUGAGCUGAAGACUAUCCAAAUGCAUUGGUGAGGUUAUUUCACAUGGGAAGACUUACUGAAGCCCAGAGAGGAAGAACGGCUUUUCCUAGUGUAAUUUUUCUCUGAGAGAUGUGGUAUUCACAAUUCAGUACAUCUAGCAAAAUACAGGUAGUCCUUGAUUUACAGCAGUUCAUUUAGUGACUGUUUAAAUGGCACGGAACAAAAAUGACUUAUGACUGUUUCUCACAACUACAACAUUUGCAGCAUCCCCAUGAUCAUGUGGUCAAAAAUCAGAUGCUUGGCAACUAGUUCAUACUUAUGAUAGUUGUAGCAUCCCAGGGUUAUGUGAUUACUUUUUGCAACUUUCUGACGAGAAAAGUCAAUGGGGAAGCCAGAUUGACUUAACAACCAGAUUACUACUUCAGUGAUUCACUUAACAACUGUGUCAAGAAAUGUUGUAAAAUGUUAACUCACUUAACAAAUUCUUACUUAACAACAUAAAUUUUGGGCUCAGUUGUGGUCGUAAGUUGAGAACUACCUGCAGCAAAUAACUCUGGAAGCUGUUCACCCAAAUCCUAGCAUAGUUGAGAUUCUUCACUGCUGUUCAUUGCAGCAGGUCCUAUUUUUAUGCCUGUGUAAGAUUUCCUUCACAUCCUGGUGCCUCCAAAUGGAUUGAGCAUCUCUAAUUUCCAUGAUCCUCCUGCCAGCCUGUCCUUUGGAUUGUAAGUCAGAAAACAUCUGGAGGAACUCAGACUGCAGAAAGCUUGACAAAUACAUCUUCAAAGCAAAGGAGUUUUAAGUAUCCGUAAAAAGAGAACAUAAGAAGAAUUUAGAAGCAUUUGGAAAAAAAAGCAGAAAGAUGAACUUGUAUAUAUUUGCUCCACUUUUUCCCCUAAAAAUUGUUUAUUUAAUGUUUUUCUGUGUGUUUGGGUUCUUUACUUUGCUUAUGUGGGGGCUCUUCAAAUGAACUCAGGUUUGCUUUCUUUUUUCUGUGCUAGUUUUCUUUCCCCUUCUCUGUCUGGAGGGAAAGUUACUGAGAAUUCAAAACUGGAAAGUUGAUUCUUUGCUCCUGCAAAUCAGGGGUGGGUGUGUGUUAAUGCAUUUGAAUAUUGAAUGUGCAGAGUAGUUAACUGUAUGCAAAUAAAAGCUAAGUUUCAAUAGCAUCUUUAAAAAGAGUUUAAGCUUCACACUUGCCUUAAGGAGAAAUCAAAUUAAUUGGAGGAAAAUGUGUUUUCACAUACAGUUCUGAAAAUAAUGAAUUGAUGAAUGCUACCUUUGCUUCAAAGAUUGAAUUACCUUAAGGGCUUUUAUAUUGUACAUUUAUCUGAUACAGUGUCCUCUAGGUGAUUGUUCCUUUUUAUAAUCUUUAUUUCGAGAGCUCAUCUAAAACACAAUGGAAGAGUAUCAGGUAGAAAAAGGCUGUUGUAGCCAAUAUCUCUCUUUCUGAAAAAUGCUCCCAGCGUUCCUAUUUGUCUUAAAAUGUGGAAUUGCCAGUUUGCUCUUGUGGCAAACUUUUUAAAAGCAAAGUGUUAGUUCAGUGAUUAUGUGGCUUCAUGUUUUUUAUGCUGACCAGAUGAAAUUCAUGAAAUGUUGCUAAAAGUUGCUAAGGGAUGCACAAGAUAAUGUUUGCAAAAUUGCUUCAUAAUGUGGUAGAAAAUACAGGAGAGUAUAGCAUCCUCCAUGUCACUUUGUGGAAGAGAUGCUCAUAUCUAAUUUUGUACAAAAAUGACAAUUGGUCAAGAUGGCAUCCAACCCACCCUUCUGUAUAUUCCCAGAUAAAGUAGCUGCUUUGAUCUCAGUGUGUCUUUCAGUUCAUAAAAUGUUCUUGGCACUUCUUACAACUGUAUAGAACAGAAAGAAUUUCUUCACCAGUGUUGGAUGUUCACUGGAAAAAAGACAGCUUUUUCUAUAACAGGUUUUUGGCCCUUCAGAAAUAGAACUACAAUUCUAUAAUUACUACAGUAGAACUUUAAGCAAUCUUCCCCAGAGAUUAAGGGUACUGAUGGGACUAAGGAAUCAACAACACCUAUAAGGGUACUUCCCACAGUGGCUGAAUUCCCAAAAUAUACAAAUGACUCUUUAUCCAUGUUAGCAGUCCUAUACCACACUGUUAAAAUUAAAAGGGUUAUGCUAAUACCUCAGAGUUUUUCUAUUAUUAGGCAUGCGAUAUAUUGUGAAUGCUAUUUUACCACUGGAAUAAUGUAGAUUCCUCUUGCUAUUUAGUAAUAGGUUUCCCCAGUGCAGAAAAGGACAACUAGCCCCGUCUGACUUGCCACCGGACAAGUUGAAGCAGCUAAUUUGCUGUGGGACAAUUGAACAAGGGAUACUUGAGGGACAAGAAGAAUUGCAGAUCACCUCAGCCUUAAAGACUUCUAGCUUGAGAAGGUUCAAAGCUAAAUCAAGAAAAGGGCUGCUGCAAUUCACUUGUCUCUCUCUUGAGUUAUCCUGUGUUGAAUUGUCCAGUAGUGAAUUGGCCCUGUGAUGAGUUGGCAAUGAGGGUUAGUUGUCAUGUAAUGAGUUGGCCGGAAGGAGGCAGCCGCAGUGAUCAUCCUAGACCCUCCUCAGUGUGAGUACGUAAUAGUGUCCUUGGUCAUUAAAGAAAGUAGAUAGGCAUAACUCUGAAUCAGCAAAUUGGAUGCAAAACAAAAUUGUUUUGGCUCUCUCAGAGGGAUUAAGGAUCAAUUUCUCAUCAAUUUUACUCACAUGUCUGUAUGAAGAAUUACUCUGUAUAAUUUGUACUUAACACCCUCAGACAAAUAGAGUUAUAGAAUAAUUGAACCAGACCCUAAGGAAUACAUUAAAUAUACAGCAGAAGAUCCUAAAUAUUGGGACAUAAGAUUGCCUUAACUAUUAUUUGUAUAUAGGGAAAUUCCCCAGGCCUCUUCUGAUUUCAGUCCUUUGACCUUUUAUGUGUUGGAUGACCCAGAGGAAUCUUAGAUACAUAAGAGAAAGCUGGACAAAAAGAAUGGAAGGUUCUAAGAAUAUUGUGGCAUAUACUUUGACCCAUGAUAAGGAGAAUUGGCAAAGGCUCUGGAUGAGACUACAGAGUUCCCAUCCCUGAUUAAAUAAAUUUCAACCAGUGCAUUCAGGCUCAUUGGCUGCUGACUGAGCGCCGAAGAUUUCCCAGUGUCCAUUAACUUAGGAAUGAAAAGAGGCAAGCAUUAGGAUGCACUUCUUCCAUUGCCAUACUAUGUGCAUACUACUACUGUUUCCCUGCUUUAGAUUGCCCACCUAAAGCUAUUGUUUGUUGGAUGGGCCAAAAAUGUUUUGCCACCUAAGACAAAUGACAAGACUGCCUCCAUCCAGAUUCCAUGUAGCAACAGGAUUGGCAUUUGAAUCCUAUGUGGCAAUGAGAAUGAGGAGAUCAUCCUGAUGUCCUGGCAAAUUACGGUACUUCAUGGUGGGCUUCAGGACAAUUCAGGACACAAAUAGCUAUGUUUUCCAAAUGCAUAAGGAAAAUAGAAGGGAUGGAGCUUAGAAGAAUUUCCACUGAUAUCAAACAAAGCUUGACCUAUUGAUUUGGGCAGUCUUGCUAUGCAUUACUGCAUAUAGAAAAGUUCGAAGAACCAUGUAGCACUUCUAGAGAUCUAGAAAUAGAAGUGGGGGGGGGAGACCCAGCUGGAUGCAUUCUCCAGCUUACUUAAUACACUUGCAAUAGUACAGAAGUAUGUUCUCUAGGAGCUAACAGUUUGAUAACUACUCGAUGUGAUGGAAUAUAGGCAUCCUUUUAGAUUUAGACUAUGUACUUCACAAGAGUAUAAUAUAAAACAAUAGAAAAAAAAUCUAUUUUUAAGGUAUGAUUAUAAGCAUUUUAGGAAGGCAAAGGUAGCUGAGGCUAUCACAAAGUGAAAUUUAUGAGAUGUGUAUGGAUUGUUCUUUAAUUAUAGUGAAAUAAUGUAUUGCAUUGAUUUGCCAUUAUCUGUGAAAUACAAUUUUUAGAAUGAGCGUGUGAAUGGUAUUUUAAAUUAGUUUUAUCAGUUUCACAUUGAACAUCUUUGCAAUGAACAUAGAAUUAUAGCUAUAUUGUUUCCCUUCCUUCCUUUCAUCUAUCCUGUCCUAUCCUAUUCCAGCUUAUCCUACCCUACCCUACCCUACCCUACCCUAUCCUAUCCUUUCUAGAUUUGACCUUAAUUUGUUGUGUAGUGAAGAAAUCCUUCAUAUGGAAAACUUUCUAAGACAAAGUAUGAAUAUUAUUUUUAUGAGUCCUUUCUACAGUGUUCUAAGACCAACUAAUAAAACAAA